GAUAGAAACGGCCGUCAGCUGAGCCGCGCGAGCUCUGCUAGUGACGGCGGAAGUGUUGAGAAAUGGCCGAGACUUGGCGAACUUCACUGAGAUAAACGAGGAAACUGUUUACUCUUAACGAGAAGGAAUCAGCUUUAUGUCUGGGCAGGUCACUGAGGGUUUUUGGGCCAGUGUGAUUAUCUAAAGGACAUGGCACACAUCAGACAUAAAGGCCAGUCAGCGUGUUCCUGACUCAGACCUGAUGCCUUUUUUCUCUGCUUCCUCUGCCAUGGAAGGGCAGAACUGUUCUCAUAUGGAGGGAACACAGAUGGAUACUGGAAUGUUAGACUUGGCCUCUUCUGCUAUGGAGAGUCCUCUUUGCACACCGUGGAAUUUCUCGCAGACUCAUUUCAGCCUGCGUUGGCCUGCACAGUCUGGGAGCCAGCAACACUGUCCGAGCAGCACUCCAGAGAUGCACAUGGACAUUUUCAGCCAUUCCACUUUUUCUGACCUUGAUUUGUUGAGUUUUUCCUACGAUGAAGACCUCUUUCAAGACUUUGGCUGUAGUGGUGAUCUGUCCGACACCUCCCUCUUCCCUUCUCCCUGCCUGCCUGACGAUGUAGCUGACAUCUUGCCAACUGUACCUACCAUAUGGGACGUCAAUCCACCAGUACAUGAUCCGGCGCACAAUUCCAGCCGGUUCCAGGGUUUAAACAGUUUAGCUGAUAUCAGCGCUAUAAUCAGCACACCACCAUUGGGGAGCAUUCAGAGUUCACAGCCCCAGCCAGAGGAAGAAGAAGAGCUAGAGGAAGAGGAGACAGAAGAGCUAGGCCAUGUAGACACAUACGCUGACUACAGACCUUCAAAAUCCACGCUAGGAAACUCACAUCCUGACCGUGUAGUGGAGACCAACACUCUUUCCAGCGUUCCUCCACCUGACAUCAGCUACACUCUCUCCAUUCCCAAAGCCAUCAUAGACAGCUGUGUGCUCUCUGCGCUGCAGCUCGAGGCCAUCAUCUACGCCUGCCAACAACAUGAAGUGAUCCUACAGAACAAGCAGAGAGCAGGUUUUCUGAUAGGAGAUGGAGCUGGCGUGGGAAAGGGCCGCACAGUGGCUGGGAUCAUCCUUGAGAACUACCUAAAGGGAAGGAGGAAAGCACUUUGGUUCAGUGUAUCCAAUGACCUCAAAUAUGAUGCUGAACGAGAUCUAAAGGAUAUUGGUGCUCCUAAUAUUCUAAUACAUGCCUUGAAUAAGAUAAAGUAUGGAGGCACAGCUACCUCAGAAGGGGUUCUGUUUGCUACCUACUCGGCUCUGAUUGGAGAGAGCCAGGCAGGAGGCCAGCAUCGCACCCGACUCGAGCAGAUCCUGGAUUGGUGUGGACCUGACUUUGAUGGAGUGAUCGUGUUUGAUGAAUGCCAUAAAGCCAAAAAUGCCACAUCCACCAAAAUGGGCAAAGCUGUGCUGCAGCUACAGAACAAGCUUCCUCUGGCCAGGGUGGUGUACGCCAGUGCCACAGGUGCCUCCGAGCCAAAAAACAUGAUCUACAUGAGUCGUCUGGGCAUCUGGGGGGAAGGAACACAAUUUAAGACGUUUGACGACUUCCUCCACGCUAUCGAAAAGCGGGGUGUGGGUGCCAUGGAGAUUGUUGCAAUGGACAUGAAGGUGAGUGGGAUGUACAUUGCACGGCAGCUGAGCUUCUCAGGGGUGUCCUUCCGGAUCGAAGAGAUCAGCUUGGACGAUGACUUCACGCUUGUGUACAACAAAGCUGCCAAACUGUGGGCAGAAGCCUUGACCGUGUUCACUCAGGCGGCUGAUUUUCUUGGUAUGGUGUCCAGGAAGUCUCUGUGGGGUCAGUUCUGGUCUUCCCACCAGCGCUUUUUCAAAUACCUCUGCAUCGCCUCCAAGGUGCGCUGUCUGGUUGAGCUGGCCAAGAAGGAGCUGGAAGCUGGCAAGUGUGUUGUGAUUGGGCUGCAGUCCACGGGUGAAGCACGAACCCGAGAAGUUCUUGAUGAAAACGAAGGACACCUCGACAAAUUCGUUUCUGCCGCAGAAGGUGUGUUCCAGUCUCUGGUCCAAAAGCACUUCCCUUCAGAGAAACAGCGAAGAGAGAAAGGGGCAGCCAGCAAGAGGAAACGUAAACCCAAAAGCCGGCAGUCGAAGUGCCCCAAGCAGGGUACGGAUGCCAGAAGCAUCAUUAACGUCAGCGAUGACAGCAGCACAGAGUCUGAUGGCGUGGAUAGUGACUCCAACUCGUCUCCAGAUUCACUACAGGACAAUAGCGAUGAUGUCAUCUUCAUUACACAAACCAACUGUCAUGCUGCUCGCUUGGAAGAGAUGAAGCAAAGCCUCCUUAAUAAAAUCUCUGAGCUUGGGAAAGAACUACCUCUGAACACAUUGGAUGAGCUCAUAGAUAAAUUUGGAGGUCCAGAGAAGGUUUCAGAGAUGACAGGUCGGAAGGGCCGAGUGGUUCGGCGGCCAGAUGGGAGUGUGCGUUAUGAAUCUCGUGCUGAGCACAGCCACACAAUUGACCACAUCAACAUCAAAGAAAAGGAUCGCUUCAUGAAUGGAGAGAAGCUGGUGGCUAUAAUCUCUGAGGCGGCCAGUUCAGGAAUCUCUCUGCAGGCGGACAGGCGGGUGAAGAACCAACGCAGGCGAGUCCACAUGACCCUGGAGUUGCCCUGGAGUGCUGACCGGGCCAUCCAGCAGUUUGGUCGCACUCACCGCUCCAACCAAGUCACAGCACCAGAGUACAUCUUCCUCAUCUCUGAACUCGCUGGCGAAAGACGCUUUGCUUCGAUUGUGGCUAAGAGGCUGGAGAGCCUGGGAGCUCUGACGCAUGGGGACCGAAGAGCAACAGAGUCUAGAGACUUGAGCAAGUACAACUUUGAAAAUAAAUAUGGUAACAGGGCUUUAGAGAAGAUCACCAAAUCCAUUCUGGGUCAUUUUGAGAGUAAAGUGGCCCCUCCCAAGGGCUACCCAGGUGGUGACGCCAUGUUCUUCAGAGACAUGAAGCAAGGCAUGACGGAUGUAGGCAUUUUUUGCAAGGAGGCUCGCUUUAGCGUCAACCCUGAGAAAGACUGCACCAUUACUAAGUUCCUCAAUCGUAUUUUGGGUCUGGAGGUGCACAAGCAGAACGCUCUCUUUCAGUACUUUAGCGAUAACUUUGACUACCUGAUUGAAAAGGACAAGAAGGAAGGCAAUUAUGAUAUGGGGAUCUUGGAUCUGGCUCCUGGUAAUGAUGAGAUCUCCAACGAGACUCAAGAGAAGUUUCUGACUCCAGGCAACCCACAGGAAGGCCAAGUCAUUCUCUAUAAGAUUAGUGUGGACAGAGGCAUGCCCUGGAAAGAGGCUCUCACAAAGGCUCACACACUCAGCAACCCAGACGAAGGCUUCUACAUCUCCCACAAGCUGAGAGGGAGUCACCCAUGUGUGCUGCUGGCCGAGCUGGGCAGAGGUCACAACCUGACUGUCUACAAGCCCAAUGUGGGCAAACAAAAGCAAACAGAGAAUCUGGAGAAGAUCCAAAAGAAGUAUCGCAAGGUGACUCCAGAGGAGGCGAAGGAAAGCUGGGAGAAUCAGUUCACUUUCUCCAUAAGGAAAUGUACCCAUGCAAACUGGAACGGGAGGUGCAAAAAGGUCGAGGAGGGCCAGGAGUGUUUACAGGGUAUGCGCUUGCGGCAGUACCACGUCCUUUGUGGUGCUCUUCUGUGUGUGUGGAAGCGUGUAGCUGACGUGGUUGCAGACAUCACCAGCUCUAGCAUCCUGCAAAUUGUCCGCCUCAAAACCAGGGAGCACAAACAAGUGGGUAUAAAGAUCCCGGAGAAUUGCAUGUCUCAGGUGCGAGAUGAGCUGGACCGUAUGGAUAAGGAGGUGAAAAGGAGGCGUCAGGAGAAAGAGCUGAAGGCUCAGGAGCAGCGGCUGGCUGAACAGCGCCAGAGGAUGUUAGAAGAACGUCAGUGGGAUAUGUCUGUGCUCUACUCCCAACCUUCCCUGCUCCCCAGCCUUUACGUUAGCCCUGUAUUCUCUCCUUUUCCUCCCCAAUCCUCCCUUAACUCCACAGAGGGCAUCCUGGACCUGACAGUGCACGGCUCUUCUCCCCUUUCCCCACACAGCAUGGGAACAGACAUCCUUUCUGUGCCUGUCACCGAUUUUAUGACGGAGGCUGUCACAAAGGCACACCAGCAGCAGCAGAGUCCGCCAGCUCUGAGAGACUCCGCACAGAAGGACUUUUUCAGCCAUCUCAGCUUGCUGCCAGAACCAUCACCACGCCAGUCUGUGCUUCCGUUGACUUCAUCGGACUCUUUACACACUGCCAUACCUCCCACAGCGAGCCUCUUCUCCACCUCUGCCAUCCAUCCUUCGUCCUCCUCGUCAUCCCUUUUCUCUCCUUCACUCACACCAUCGUCUUCUUCUUCUUCGCUGUCGCUCUUUUCCUCCCUGUCGCCGUCGGACCAGAACCCAUUUGCUAGCUGCAGCGACGACACCGCCAUCGAUGCCAAAGAGGUGCUGAGCAGUAUGCUGAGGAGCGGCUCAGACUCCCGCCAGUCUGUCAUUCACUUCAGAGUCCCUGAGUCAGAGCACCUGUCCUAAACACAGCCUAGUGUGUGAAGCAGGACUGUUGGGUUUGUUGCACAGUGACACGGUGACACACCAAGCUGACGUAGUCAAAUUAGCACCAACAAAAAGGAGCAGAUUUGCUGAUCCUGUUAACUUGCCAUCUUCAAGAAGUUGAACUCGAAUGCCAUGUGCGUGUUGUGUGUCCGUGUGAAAGGAAAUGACUCUUCCUACCAGGAGUAGUCUGUGUGCUUGAUUCAAAAAAGGAAGCCAACUCUUGUACUACUGUUUUAGAUGCUAUGUCGAAACAAUAUACCAUCUACCACCUGUAUCACAAAGGUGCCAGCAUUUACAGUCUAGCUCUCGCAUUUAUGAUUUUUUGACACUACAGGAGCCGCCUGAAAUCAGUGCUUUGCUGCUUUUUCAGAUGAAGCAGGAAUAAAUUUCACCUUUCUAAAAAAGAAAUUCAUUGAAGAGGAAAAGAUACACACCAUUGCUUCUGCUAGCAGUUACUUUGGCUUUGUAGCAUGCUGACUUUCUCGACGUAAAAAUUUUACUUGUGAAUUCACAAGACUAUCUCUUGUGAGCCAGUAGAAACAAGUGGGUGGGACUUUUUGUUUGGCAACAACACUGAAGGCGUUCGCUUAUUGUAGCGGGCACACUAACACUACGUUCACACUGCAGGCUGAAGUGACUCAAAUCCGAUUUUUUCGCCCAUAUGUGACCUGUAUCCGAUCUUUUAUUGACAAUAUGAACGACACAGGCGGCACGGUGGUGUAGUGGUUAGCGCUGUCACCUCACAGCAAGAAGGUCUGGGUUCGAGCCCCGUGGCCGGCGACGGCCUUUCUAUGCGGAGUUUGCAUGUUCUCCGCGUGGGUUUCCUCCGGGUGCUCCGGUUUCCCCCACAGUCCAAAGACAUGCAGGUUAGGUUAACUGGUGGCUCUAAAUUGACCGUAGGUGUGAAUGUGAGUGUGAAUGGUUGUCUGUGUCUAUGUGUCAGCCCUGUGAUGACCUGGCGACUUGUCCAGGGUGUACCCCGCCUUUCGCCCGUAGUCAGCUGGGAUAGGCUCCAGCUUGCCUGCGACCCUGUAGAACAGGAUAAAGCGGCUAGAGAUGAUGAGAUGAACGACACAGAUCCGAUUUUUUCAAAUCCGACCCAGGCCGUUUGGAUAUGUGGUCCUAAUUCCGAUUCCUAUCCGAUCUUUUCAUACGCGACUUCAGUCUGAACCGCCAGGUCACAUUCAUCCGACUUACACGUCAUCAACAAGCCACAAACGUCACUAUUCUGCGCUGAAGUAGGCGGCGGGUCUCUCAAAAAAAGUUACAACAACAUGGCUUUGAUGUUCCUUUAAACGGAGGUUGCAGUCACUACCCCGCAGAACGCCUGAGCCAAAACCCUUGCCCUCUUCCUUCUCAACCUCCUCCUUAACAUCAGGCUAUUGUGCAUGUUCUGGCUCCGUCGCAACAACAACUGCAUCAUCGCCAGGUACUCCGUGCUGGCUACUGUCAUACACAGGAAACUUUAGGUUACUUCCGUAAACACUGGCCAUGCUCACUGCGUGUGACGUCGUCGUAUCCUGCAAUGCGCAUGCGGAACACUUUUAGGUCGCUUUUCGUUCAUACUGAGGAUCACAUACAAGUCGCAUAUAUUUGUUAAUGUGAACGACCUCACCAAAAAAUCGGAAUUGAGCAUUAAGCCUUGCAGUGUGAAUGUAGUGCAUGUGUCGGCCUUGCUGUUCCUUACUGAAAAUAAUCAUUCGAAAAAAUGUAAAAUAAAAUAGCUGUCUCGUCCACUAGAAUACACUAUGGUUUUUGUGAUAAAUGUUUUCUCUCUGCCUUCUAGAAUUAUCUUGUUGGCACCUCUGAUAUCAUUUGUAGUGGUAUACAAUUUUGACUUUUGUUUAGAGCUAGCCACACUAACCAACCUAGCUGCCAUUUUCUUGCCACUGUGAAUCUGUUUUAACCUCUCCACUCGGCCAUUUUGUUGCAAGAAAAUGAGCAGAACGUGAGAUACUGUAUGUAUGCGUGUGUUAUCGAGGGUGUUAGCUUACUUUGCAUACUUUUAGUUUCUUUUCUCCUGAUGAACAGCCAAUCAGAACUUUAUUCCUGUGGCAUUUAAUAUCAGGACUGACUGGUAUGUCACAAAAAUACUACAGGCAGUGGUGCUAGUUGGGAUCCGUCACUCAGUAGUUGGCUUGGUGUGUCACAAAAUCUGUUUAGUGUGAGUUACAGGCCUGCACUGGACUCAUUCACACUUGAAACAGAGCUCGGGUGUUUAUUACAGGGAGCCCACCAACCUGAUAUCUGCCCACAUUUACUCGCAUCAGAUGUUCAAAUGUUCUGUGUUUGUUUAAACAGAUCAAAAAUGGAAAGAGAGGGGGGAACCAAACUACUAGAGCUUAAAAAUCCAACACUGAAACAAAAGUAUUGAAACCAGUCUGAUAUGGACAGUUAUUUGAGUCACACUUCCCUCUACUGGCACAUCUGUCACACGUCAUCUCUUUUGCUGAAACUUCUGUCGUGCUGAAAAGAAAACUGGAAAAGUACAAAGAGAAGAGAAGAGAACCCCACCCAAACCUGCUCUAUAUGUUUCACAGCUUUCUGUCCCGAUCAGCUCCUGCGAUUCUAGAGAGCAAGAUAACAGACUACUGUUUAGCACAGUGCCUUCAGAACACAUUAGGGAAUGUAGUCUUGUAAACAGACACCUGUACAGUAUAUAUUUGUAUACAAUGCAUUGACAUUUUAUUUAUUGUUUUUAUUUAUCUAUCCUCAUUACUGAACUGGUGAGAGUGUAGGACAAACCCCACCAGUCCACCUGAAUGUCCUCAAAUGUGCUUUUGUCUUCUUUACGCAGCAGAGUAAUUAAUCUAUCUGUGCUUCUGCUAUCGACGAGUUAAUGCAGUAGUGAUUCAGGGCCGAUACCAAAAUUUUCAGCUUAAUUUUAAAAUAUGAUUCCUGUUCUUAACUGUUUGCUCUCAGGUAACGCAAAGAAUCUGUUCAACCCCACUCAAUAUGACGCCUACAGAUGGAUAUAGACCCGUCGGGGCAGUUACCAUGCACUCGGUGUGUGUGUAUACUGGGUUUCGCAGAACAAAAGCAAAGUACAAAGAUGCUUCAGCGAUUCAGACCAACAAAACUGACCAACAAGACUUGACCAAAAAGCUGAACAGGGAUGAAGUACAGAGAUGUAGAAAUAUUAUAUAAUCUGGGUGAUGGGAUAAUGGGGUUAUUUAUCGUGAUUUAUCUUUUGCUGUCUUUGCUAUACGCUUACACAACUUGUGCAAAAGGAAGAAAAUGAAACAGAAUGGAGAUGAGGAAUUAUCUACAAACCCAAAGUAGACAAGUAGAGGUGGGUGAUGCGGCAAAAAUAUCACAAUUCUUGAUACACAGUACACUAGGUUUAGGUUUGAUAGCACAAAACAGUGUUAUUCUCACAGCUCCAAGGUUUGAGUCGGAGCUCGGGUUACUCAGCGUGGAGUUUCUGCACAUGUUCUUCCCGUGUCUUUGUGAGUUUCCUCCGGUUCGCCGCCCCCGUCUUCAAAAAACAAUCAAAUGAGAUGUGCAGUGUGAUGGACUUCCCACCUCACACACAGAUACACAGUAUUCCCAGGAUGGGCAGAAUUAUAUUUAAUACAAAAAUGCAUUUUAACACAAUAAAGAGGGAAAAUAAUAAUAAUACACCCAGCUAUUUGUUCCUGAGAGAAGCAAAGAAACUGCUGUUAUAAAAGCAUUGAUAAAAACCUGUGAUAUCUCAAACUUUAAAUUUAAAAAAAAAAAAAUGUAUUGUGGCCUAAUUUAAUCAUGAUAUUGAUAUUUUAUUGUCAUAUCACCCAGCCCUCAGUCAUUCAUUUACAACAUACUAUUGCACUGUUCUGUGUUUCUGCACCAGAUUAAUACCUGUUAAUUAUUAAUUGUUAACAAUAAGUUUUUGUUGCUGUUUUUUUUGACCCAAGUACAUUCAAACUUGAAGCCCUAAUCAGAAAUCAAGGACACAGCGUUAGCAGAAUUAGAUCUGACAAACCUGUGUUUUGUAGCGUUACAGUAUCACACUGUUGUGAUGAAUUAAAUAUGGAGUGUGUGUGUGUGUGUGUAUGGGGGGGGCUGCAUGUCAAAUCAGGUCAGUUUAUUUGUAUAGCGCUUUUAACAACAGACAUUGUCACAAAGCAGCUUUACAGAAAAUUAAAGGCUUUAGUGUGUGUGUUGGGCCUUUAGUGAUUUCUGAUUGAGGUGUUUUUUUUUUUUAAUCUGAAUAUUGUAGUAAAUUACCUUGUAGAGCAUCUGACCAGAUCCUUUAUCUCAGGAAGAAAUCUUAGUGGUGUUGCCUGAUGGAUUUUAUUUAUUUUUUUUUUUAAUCCCAACUGAAACUAAUACAUGCCCAGUUUGCAAGUUUUAUCAGUAUAUUACACUCGGCCACGUUCUCAAACUGAGAAAAGCAGAUUUUCGUGAAGCAGAUUUUGUUUAUCUGCUUGUGAAAAGUUGUUUAUUAAUUAUAGCGUGUAUGCCAACUAAUCUAAAGGCUCAGAUCCGAUAUUAUUUAUUAAAAACAGACAUUGUUUCUGCUGAAAAUUGAUGUUUAGACUUGGAUCUGUGUUGUGUAUUUGUUUCUAAACAUUUUUCCACUUGCAGGAGACAGUAUUGUUUUCUUUAUCAGACACGUGUGAAGCUCUCACAGGCACGUCCCAGUCUUCAUGCAUAUUUGUGAAUAUACUACAACCAAAUGGAUUUAUGGUUCUAGCCCUGUGGUGCUGUAUUUGGUCUUUAUUUUCCAGCAGAUGGAAAAUAUUAAAACUCCAAUCAGAUUGAUUUUCCAGCUGAACAAAUAUCCUUGAAUUUUCCAUCUCAUGGUGUUUAGGACAAAUUCAAUAUGGUACCUUUAAAAAGACCAAAAAGUGCUGAACUCACACAUUUUUACACUAAUAGUGAUGUUUUUUUAUUAUUAUUAUUAUUAUUAUUAUUAUUAUUAU